UUGUCUUCUGAGGUUGUCUCGCGACAACCACUGUCGCUGUCGGCGACGGGGAAGCUGAUGGAAGCGGAGAAUAAGAGUGGAUCCUACCCAGGUGGGUUGGGUCCGUUCACAGGGAGAGACCCGAAUGUGAAGAAGCCAGAAUGGUUGAGGCAGAAAGCACCUCAGGGUGAGAGGUUCCGUGAGAUUCAGGAAUCACUCUCCCAAUUGAAACUUAACACUGUCUGUGAGGAAGCACAGUGCCCCAAUAUAGGAGAGUGUUGGAAUGGAGGCGGGGAUGGUAUUGCAACUGCUACAAUCAUGGUUCUUGGUGAUACUUGCACCCGUGGAUGUAGAUUUUGUGCUGUGAAGACCAGCAGAAACCCAGCACCACCUGAUCCAAUGGAACCAGAAAAUACUGCCAAGGCCAUUGCAAGUUGGGGUGUUGAUUACAUUGUCCUAACAAGUGUGGAUCGUGAUGAUCUACCUGAUGGAGGAAGUGGGCAUUUUGCACAGACUGUCAAAUCUAUGAAGAAUCUCAAGCCUGAGAUCAUGGUUGAGUGUUUAACCUCUGAUUUUCGGGGUGACCUGAAGGCUGUAGAAACUCUGGUUCACUCAGGUUUAGAUGUAUUCGCUCACAACAUUGAGACAGUCAAACGGCUCCAAAGAAUUGUUAGAGAUCCCAGGGCUGGGUACGAGCAAAGCUUGUCAGUUCUAAACCAUGCAAAACAUAGGAAGGAGAGCAUGAUAACAAAAUCUUCGAUAAUGCUGGGCCUUGGAGAAUCUGAUGAAGAGGUGAAGGAAACAAUGUUGGAUUUAAGUGCCAUAAAUGUGGAUAUUCUGACACUUGGUCAGUAUUUGCAGCCAACACCCUUGCACUUGACUGUCAAAGAGUAUGUUACGCCUGAGAAGUUUGAUUUCUGGAAAGAAUAUGGCGAGUCUAUCGGUUUUCGUUAUGUUGCGAGUGGGCCUCUGGUGAGAUCUUCAUACAGGGCUGGGGAGCUGUUUGUCAAGACAAUGGUGAGAGAAAAGGCCAAGAAUGCCGGUGGCUCGUUGUUGUAACAUUUGGCUAUGUGAUUAUGGACAUUAUUAUUAAGCAACAAGAGAUGGUGAACUUUUCGCAUGUGCAGAGGAAAAUGGUUAGCUGGGGCUGACCUUCAUUGCUUUGGAGUGAAAUUAUCCAGAUAUGUUGUCAAUUAUAUAAGCAAAUUGGUUACAGUGAGAAAUUCUAUUCAAUCAAUCCUUGAUUCAUUAUCAUUUUUUU